CUCCCUCCUCCUGCUCCUUUUCCCUCCUCCCUUCCCCUCCUCCCCCCCUUCCCUCCCCGGGUCGCCGCGGCUCCGGGAGGAGCGGGGGGGACCCCGCUUCCUUCCCUCUCCCCCUCCUUCUCCCACCCGCGCCACUGAGGACGGGCAGAAGCAACCAUGGGGUGCAUUAAAAGCAAAGAAGAUAAAGGUCCAGCCAUGAAAUACAGGACUGAUAACACUCCAGAACCUAUUAGUUCCCAUGUCAGCCAUUACGGGUCAGACUCCAGCCAAGCAACACAGUCACCGGCAAUAAAGGGAUCAGCAGUUAAUUUUAACAGUCAUUCUAUGACUCCUUUUGGAGGGCCUUCGGGAAUGACACCCUUUGGAGGAGCAUCAUCUUCAUUUUCAGCUGUGCCAAGUCCAUAUCCUAGUACUUUAACAGGUGGUGUUACUGUAUUUGUGGCCUUAUACGAUUAUGAAGCUAGAACUACAGAUGACCUUUCAUUUAAGAAAGGUGAACGGUUCCAGAUAAUAAAUAACACGGAAGGUGACUGGUGGGAAGCAAGAUCCAUUGCUACAGGAAAAACAGGCUACAUCCCAAGCAAUUAUGUAGCUCCUGCAGACUCCAUUCAAGCGGAAGAGUGGUAUUUUGGUAAAAUGGGCAGGAAAGAUGCAGAAAGACUACUUUUAAAUCCUGGGAACCAGCGUGGUAUUUUCUUAGUAAGAGAGAGCGAAACCACUAAAGGUGCUUACUCCCUUUCCAUACGUGACUGGGAUGAGGUCAGAGGUGAUAAUGUGAAACACUACAAAAUCAGAAAACUUGACAAUGGUGGAUACUAUAUCACAACCAGAGCACAAUUUGAAUCUCUACAGAAGUUGGUGAAGCACUACAGAGAACAUGCUGAUGGACUGUGUCAUAAGCUGACAACUGUUUGUCCCACAGUGAAACCACAAACACAGGGACUAGCAAAAGAUGCCUGGGAAAUUCCUAGAGAGUCUUUGAGGCUGGAAGUUAAGUUGGGCCAAGGAUGUUUUGGUGAAGUGUGGAUGGGAACCUGGAAUGGAACCACAAAAGUAGCAAUUAAGACACUUAAGCCCGGUACAAUGAUGCCUGAAGCUUUCCUUCAGGAGGCUCAGAUCAUGAAGAAAUUACGACAUGACAAGCUUGUUCCACUGUAUGCCGUUGUUUCUGAGGAACCAAUCUACAUAGUCACUGAAUUCAUGACAAAAGGCAGCUUACUAGACUUCCUGAAAGAAGGAGAAGGGAAGUUCUUAAAACUCCCACAGCUGGUGGACAUGGCUGCUCAGAUUGCUGAUGGCAUGGCUUACAUUGAAAGAAUGAACUACAUCCACAGGGAUCUCCGGGCAGCUAACAUUCUUGUAGGAGACAAUCUUGUGUGUAAAAUAGCAGACUUUGGUCUAGCAAGGUUAAUAGAGGACAAUGAGUACACUGCAAGGCAAGGAGCUAAAUUUCCAAUUAAGUGGACUGCUCCAGAAGCAGCAUUGUAUGGUCGGUUUACAAUCAAGUCAGAUGUGUGGUCAUUUGGAAUUUUACUGACCGAGCUGGUAACAAAGGGGAGAGUACCAUAUCCAGGAAUGGUGAAUCGGGAAGUUCUGGAACAAGUGGAACGUGGAUAUAGGAUGCCUUGCCCACAGGGCUGCCCAGAAUCCCUCCAUGAGUUAAUGAAACUAUGUUGGAAGAAAGACCCUGAUGAGAGACCAACAUUUGAAUAUAUACAGUCUUUCCUGGAGGACUACUUUACUGCUACAGAACCACAGUACCAGCCUGGGGACAAUUUAUAAGCCAACAGUCUAUAUAACAUGCACAACUCUGCCAAAUGUAAAAGACUUGCAAAGAAUUCCUGACGUCUGUAAGGAAUCAAAAGAAAGAAAAUCUUCGCUACUUUGCAUGCUCUUAAUGGCAAACUGGAAUUUCAUAAUACAGUUGCACAAAACCACUUUUCAAGUGUUAUAAUCUAAUUUACCAAUGACAUGUCUUUAUUUCCUAUUUCCCAACUUAUUUCAGGGUCCAAAGGAAGCUUACUGAAAAUGUGAGGUAGUAAAAUGAGUGUUGGUGUGAACGGUAGCAGGAAAAAAAAUGUUUCAUAUCUUUUAUUUGUCCAACAUUUAAUCAUCUUCUGAAAGAGGGAAUUGUCUGGAAGUGAUCUUGAGGGAGGACGUUUUUAAAGCAGAAGAACUUUGUGGGACCAAGCAAUUCCAUUCCAGUUCUAUAAAAUUUCCUAUGUCCAAAAUUAUGUCCCCCCCCCCACACCCAAAUAUGGUACCACCAUAUUUGAUGCAUAGUCUUGAUCUUUAAGCUUCCUCUUGCAUGGUCUGAAUUUGGGUAGGCAGGUUAAAAAGAAAUUGGAAUGGUGAGUGACGAUCUUGAUCUGAAUGGUACACCUCAAUAGUGAAAUUAGAGAGCGUAACACACUGUGUUAAUACUUGUAUUAAUAUAACUGGAAAGUAGCAUGAGAGAUUUUUCUUUUUCUCUUUCUGCGUAGCUAAUUAAGAAUAAUGAAGGUAACUAGAAAAUGAGGUAAUAUUUUAUAAAAUUAUGUGAUAAAGUAUGGUGAUAUUUGAACUUGAAACUAUGUGAUACAAUCAGGGGAGGAAAUCCUUUAAAAAUUCUAAGUUCCUAUCCUACAGUGAGCUCUUAAGUGGGAAGACUACCUGAACAAAGCUCACCUUGAGAGCUAGGCUGGAGGUGGUAAAUGGACACUUCUUAGUCCUUUUGCAGAGACAGAUUUGGUACUGUUGUAUGUGGCUCGUGUGUUAGUAAGGGUGGGUGCCACAAACGUUAGAUGUCAUUAGUUCAGGGAUUUGAUUGCACUUUUGCUUUUCUUGACUAUUAAGACACCCUCGACACAGUUGCUCUUCCCUCUUACGCCCCCAGAACUAUUUAACUAAAAAUAAACAAAAGAAAAUGUGAAAACUUAAAAACUAAAGGGAGAAAAUAUAUUUAAUGUUGUCCAAAUAUAGUGACGUGGAAAUUUGCUGGCAGUUGGCCCAGCUCACACUACAUCCAAAUUUAUUUUCUUUGGCUACUGACAUAUCAAGCAAUAACAUCAUGUCUUUUAUUCAGCAAUUUGCAUGACGUUUUUGAAUUUCUGAUUGAGCUUAUAUACUUUAAUUUUGAAACACUAAACUCUUACACAGCUGUCAGGUUUGAAUUCGUAUUAGCAUUGUAAAGCUAUCCAACAAAUGAUUUUCAGAAAAGCUGAUGAUAUAGUUCUGGUACUAAACCUAUCAUUUUUCAUGAGUUUGUACUCAGUUGAAUCCAGCUACCAAACAGAUCUUUGUAAGAACAGUGCCAUCGUUUUCCAUUUUCUGUCAUCAUCACUCAUCACCUAUACAUCUGUGGUUAUCAAAUUUUAAAAGGGCUUUAUGUAAGAAAAACAAAACAAAGAAACAAAAAACCCACAAAAAACAACAAAAAUUAAAAAAAAUAUAUAUGAUGGAAUUUUAAUUUUUCUAAGUAUUUUAAAAUAAGUAACACAAUCAUGUGAGUUUAUGUAUUAAUACAGCUAUAACAAAAAAUGCCAAAAAUGACAUUGGCAUUGUUUGGAUUUUAAUUACAGAAUGGAACAGUUCAUUGUAAUAACACUUGUAUAGUAAAGGAAUAAAACACUAACUUAAUGAACGUGUUCAUUGUAAAUGGUUGUGUAUUAUAAGACUUCUCCAAAAGAGUUUGUAUGUUUAUGAAAAUUUAUUUGUUUCACCAGAAGAUCUUGAUGAUGUGGUUCUUACCCUAACAGAAUCUAAAAUUCACAUUCACACUUUUUAUAUAAAUAGUAAUAAGUUUAAUUAUGUAACUAAGUAUUUUUAUAAAGUAUGGCAUUGUUGAACUGUUUUGCAGAAUUGGUUCAAAAUAAAUUUCUCCUUGAUUGCA